GUUAGUUUCUUGAUCGGUCCUUGCAGCCGUUGAUUCGCUACUAGGGUUUCAUCGGGGACCGAACCAAGAGCACCAUUUCCUAAAACCCUCGUUUCUCUUCUCCUCGAUCGUUCCCAGGCUCGGGCGAGCAAAGCUCACGAUGGUCUUUGUCAAAGCUCAGAAGACAAAAGCUUACUUCAAGCGUUUUCAAGUGAAGUUCAAGAGAAGGAGGCAGGGUAAAACUGAUUACCGUGCAAGGAUCCGGCUGAUUAAUCAGGACAAAAAUAAAUAUAAUACUCCCAAGUAUCGUUUUGUUGUUCGAUUUACCAACAAGGAUAUUCAUGCGCAAAUAGUCUCUGCAAGUAUUGUUGGGGAUGUGGUUUUAGCAGCAGCUUAUGCUCAUGAGCUACCUCGCUAUGGGCUUGAAGUUGGUCUUACCAAUUAUGCUGCAGCUUACUGCACUGGCCUUCUAUUGGCACGCCGUGUUUUGAAGAUGCUUGAAAUGGAUGAGGAAUAUGAGGGAAAUGUUGAGGCCACUGGCGAAGAUUUCUCUGUUGAGCCUGCUGAAAGUAGACGGCCUUUCCGAGCUCUACUUGAUGUUGGCCUUGUGAGGACUACAACUGGGAAUCGUGUCUUUGGUGCUCUUAAGGGAGCAUUAGAUGGUGGUCUUGAUAUUCCUCACAGUGAUAAGCGGUUUGCUGGUUUUAAGAAGGAUGGGAAGCAACUGGAUGCUGAAUUUCACCGGGAAUAUAUUUUUGGUGGUCACAUUGCUUCUUACAUGAGGACAUUGAUGGAUGAUGAACCAGAGAAGUACCAGACUCAUUUCAGCGAAUAUAUUAAGCGGGGUAUUGAGGCUGACAACAUGGAGGAACUCUACAAGAAAGUGCAUGCCGCCAUUCGGGCCGAUCCAACAGCUGUAAAAUCAACCAAGGAGCCUCCGAAGGCUCACAAGAGAUACAAUUUGAAGAAGCUGACGUAUGAUGAGAGGAAGGCCCGGCUUGUAGAACGACUGAAUGCUCUCAAUUCAACUGCCGAUGAUGAUGAGGAUGAGGAAGAUGAUGACUAAGCUUGCAGUCCAGUUCACUUAGAAGACAUCAAUUAUGAACCUAUGUUAUGUGCUUUUGUGUUUUUAUUCUAGUUUAUAUGUUGUAACAGGUCUGUGUUGUUGUUGUUUAUUGAGACCUUGUGAGUUUGGGUUGGAUUCCAUCUAUUCGCUAGCAGAACAAAUUCCAAAUUUUGCCAA